AAUAUGGCUUUCUCUAUCUGGUUACGCGCGCAACGCGAAUCGGCGCCGUCGCGUUGCCUUGUGGAUCAGCGCGAGCCUGUCCCCACCUGGACCCACCUUAUUCGGCCUUCUUCGGUUAUUCAAGCGAAUACGAGAGAAAUACUGUCUUAUCGUAUCUGGAGGACUGCCGUACUAGCUACGCCCGCCUCGCGCAUAGCUCGUACCUGGCCUAAAUCGCCCCGUCGUCCAGUACCUCAUGACCAUGCUGGCCCAUCCACGAACCCGGACGCCAUUCAAAUUUCAAAACCACUCACGCAGUCGCAGCUGCAUCCAGCGGAGGAACCAAGCCCUCCGGGGCCCCUCGCCUGGAUCAUCAGAUUUCUCAGAAAAUCGCCAAUAGAUCUUGGUCCCGGGUCAUUCACCGAUCUCCUGUUCAGAUUUUCUUCGGCUCCUUCCCAACAGAAAUCGCCCCAGAUCUGAGCGAGCUAGAGGAGGAGGAGGCAGACGAGGAAGACGAGGUAGAGCAUCCUGAUUCCUAGAGUGUCUCUCCUUCCUCAAGCCAAGAUGGCGAGAAGAAUAUGUCCAUAGAUAUAGGAUCUCAUUCAGAUGGGGAUUUUAAUAACAAGGCCAUCCCCGAGUUUUUCAACGGCGCAGAUGGGGAUGACAUCGAAGAGCAUGGAACUAAAGUGCAGCCCAAUCCAUCUCCAUGGCGUCAAAGGGUCCGACUUGGCAAGAUACCUGAUCGCCGUGCCACAUCGUCUGGCAGGGUCAGUGCUUUGGAGAAUUCAAUGAAGAAAUACGCAGAUAAGAAAUCAGAGUUCGUUGUCAAGCCAGAGAUCAGCCAGGAAUUUGAUUCCUUGGCCGAAGCCUACGACUUUUACAACCUAUACUCUUGGGAGAUUGGCUUUGGCAUCAAGUACGGACAAUGCAGAAGGAAAGUUGAAAAAUGCAAGACUGUCCAGGACAUAGUUUGUGGAUGCACAGGAAAACCACGCAGGGUGAAUUCCCACUCAGUAUGUUGCCAAUGCCCUGCAUUUAUAAGGUUGCAUCGCACACUGGACCAUGGUUGGUUCAUCCAUGAUGUGAAGUAUGAGCAUAAUCACGGCAUGGCACAAACUUGCGGAGAGAAGUUGCAUUGGGCAUCUCACAGGCACAUUGAUGCCCAUGCCAAAGAUAUUGUCAUGUACCUUAGGAACAACAACAUAUCGUUAAGCAAGACUUUCGGGGUGAUUGCAAGCUUUUUUGGAGAUAUGCAGAACUUGCCCUUUAACAAGAGGUCUCUACGUUACCUUUGCAAAAGGAUGAAUCAACAACAGGGUGAUGACGACAUUAGGAAGACAAUUCAGCUCUUCUCUGAAUUGAAAGAGAAGGAUCCAAAUUUUGUUGACAAUGUGCUUGUUGAUGAUGAGAGCAAGAUCAAGGAAUUGAUGUGGACAGAUGGUAAGAGCUGCCACCAGUACAAAUUUUUUGGAGAUGCAAUAACCUUUGCCACGACAUAUCGUACCAACCAGUAUGAUAUGCCCUUCGGAUUGUUUGUUGGUGUCAAUAAUCACUUUCAGAGCAUCAUCCUUGGAGGUGUAUUGCUUCGUGAUGAAACAACCGAGACCUUUGAGUGGGUGUUCAGCGAAUUUGUGUCCUUGAUGGGAGGACAUGCUCCAAAAACAAUACUGAGAGACCAAGCCCGUGCAAUGGAGCUUGCCAUAGCUUCCCAGUGGCCUAAUACAAUUCACAGAUGGUGCAAAUGGCAUGUAUUGCAGAAAGCCAGGGAAAACCUUGGACCUAUUUACUCAAGAAACAAUGAUUUCAAAGAUGAGUUCCACAAACAUCUAGAGUACAUGGUUACAGUAGAUGAGUUUGAAACUGCAUGGGCAUAUUUGAUUGAGAAAUAUCAACUCGAAGACCACCCAUGGCUCACUCAGAUAUAUGAAGUUAGAGCAAAAUGGGCAAAGCCAUACUUUUCAGGAGUUUUUUGUGCAAGGAUGACGAGCACGCAACGUUCGGAGAGUGCAAACCAUAUGCUAAAAAAUUAUGUUCAGCCGGCAUCGUCCAUGAACAAUUUUGUGAGGCAGUAUCAGAAACUAAUGUUCGACCGACAACCAGAGGAAGAUUUUCAAGAGAAGAAGACUCGUGUGGGUGGUGUUGUUCUUAACCUCGGAGUGCCACUAGAAUUCCAUGCAAGCAAGGUCUACACCUUAGCUAUGUACGAGCUAUUUCAGCACGCGAUUUACUUAUCAGGGUCAUUUGUGCUGCAAGAGGCUUGGGAGUUAGAGCAAGGUAUGGUGUAUAUCGUUAACCACAUAUAUGCAGAGAGGAGGCAAGCAUGGUCCAGGACACAAUACCAUGUUUUGUUUGAUGAGGGAUCUGGAGGAUAUUUAUGUGAGUGUGGCCUUUACUCACACAUGGGCAUGUUGUGCUGCCAUGCUAUCCGGGUUCUACUCUCCCUCAGAGUUAGGGAGAUCCCGGAGGUGCACAUCAUGAAGAGAUGGACGAAGAACGCGUGCGAGGCUCUGCCGAAGCAUCUGAUGAUAUAUAAAGAAUGCAACUCUGCUUUGAAGGAUGCUACAUAUCGCCACUCUUCGCUGUACAGUAAGGCGCUUGAGAUUGUUCAGAUGGGCGACAAGAACACCGAAGCUUACGGCGUUGCAAUGAAGGUUUUGCUGGACGCAAUAAGUACCCUAAAUGAUACCAACCAGGAGAGUGAUGGUCGGGGGUUACAUGAUCAGACUGCGGCUCAAGUUCAUGACCAAGAUAUCAGUGUAACACCAGGAACAGAUGGAUUGUCAGGAUCAAUGAAUGUUGUAUCACGCAAUAGGGAUCGAGGGAGGCCAACAAACGCAAGAGCAAAGCCAAAUUAUGAAAAUGUGAGCAAGCCUAGAACAAAGUUUUUCUCUAUUUGUAGAGGGAGGGGUCACAAAGCUUCAGGAUGCCCCUCAUACGGAGGUGCAACAAAAAAACAGAGGAAAGUUCCAAAGUGUUCCAAGUGCGGCCUUGAAGGCCACAAGAGGAAUAACUGCUCGGGAAGAAUGUUCGGUGUCUUCCAGUGACAAAGCUUUAGUUAAAUGGGUCCAGUCCGAUAAAGAACUUUGCAACAAGUUUUCUUUUGAUGCACAUCUUGUGCAUUUGUUUGGUAGCAAGCGGUUUUUGUUGGUACCAAAUGUCUAGAAUGACUGUUAAGAAUUGCCUAAUUCGAAAGAUAGAGGUUGUACUAACGCGAAAACCAUAAGUGGUAAUACAUGACUUUGCUAUAUGAGGUCCCCUGA